CUCGCAUGUUUAUUUAAUUAUUAAACAAGUCCGAACUGUAGCUCAAAUAAUGUCAACACGACCGCGUCGUCUGGCGGCUAAAAAGGCACCAAUCGUUAUUGAGUUGUCCGACUCUGAGAGCGAGACCAUUGCAUCAAAAGGCAAUGAUGAAUAUAUGCCAACAGAGACCCGCAGUCGAAUUGUAGAUCGUGCAGGAAGAACUGCAGCAUCCGGCGUCACUGCAUCAAGGAAGCGUUGGCCGGAUCCCAAAACCAGCAGCAGCUCAGGUGACGCGCCAGCUGCAAAAAAAAGGCGCGCAAAAAAGGACAAAGAGAAUGAGUCGAAUCCAAGCAAUGGCGUGACAGAGUCAGAGAUUGCGCCUCCUUUGUCGACUCCACCAGAAGUAGACGGAGCCGCUCAUAGUUCAAUACCAGUAUCAUCCAAUACGACAACUGGACGCAGCUCAUUCUGGGAGCGACGUAAGGUGUGGAACAUCCACGAACUUCUGGCCGAGACAGAGCACAUUCAGCCCACGGCAGCUCGCAACAUUGUGCAGCUGUUUGAGAAUGAAAACACCAUUCCAUUUAUUUGCCGAUAUCGUCGCGAUUUGGUGGACCAUAUAACCCCGGAUCGAUUGCGUGACAUACGCAACACAUACACGGAAAUUGUAGAUCUGCGCAAAAAAGCCGAGAACAUUGUGAAUACGCUGGAGCGAGAGAAUGUGCUCAACACGGAAAUACGUGAAGAGCUGAUGUGUGCCAAGACGAACGAGGAACUCGAGUUUCUUUAUGCUCCAUACAAACCGGCUAGCAAGGGCACGUUGGCGGAGCGGGCCAAGGCUUUGGGUCUGCAACAGUAUGCGGAUUGCCUUCUAUACGGCACAGCACCGAGAGUCGAGCUGUCCUCAAUUGUUGACCCAAGCAACACGGAUUUGGCCACAGAGGAACUGGUUUUGACGGGCAUCUGUAACAUUAUUAUACACAACAUAAGCAAGAAUACCAGUGUGCUGGAAGAACUGCGACGCUUACAAAACGUGCAUCGCAUCAUGCUGAAAUGUAGCAAGACCAAGAGCACGACCUCCUCGAAAACAACAACAAGCAAAUCAGCUGCUGCCAACGGAAUUAAUGACAAAAAACUGGACAGUUCCAAGUUUGAGAACUACUUUAAUUUUCUAGCUGAUGUUAAAACAACAAAACCCCAUCAGACGCUGGCAAUUAAUCGAGGCGAGAAGCACAAGUUUCUCACCGUCAAAGUAGAGACCAACAAUUAUUUAAAGAAUGAUCUAACACGGUUCAUAUCGGAUCAGUAUAUGUCCGAAGGACUGAUGUAUCCUCUACGCAGAGAUGUGUUCACUCGUUCCCUGGAAGAAUGCUUUACGAAGAAAUUACAUCCGCUGCUUUGUCGACAAGUGCGAGCCGAGCUUAAGGAAAAGGCAACGCGCGCAUCUAUUGAAGUGUUUGGCAAAAAUCUGAAACAACUUUUAUUGAUGUCACCGCUAAAAGGCGAACGAAUUCUUGGCAUUGAUCCUGGCUAUACAAAUGGCUGUAAACUGGCUCUUAUAUCAGAGACAGCCGACGUCUUAGAAACAGGAGUCAUUUAUCCACACGGUCGACAGGCCAAUAAAAGAGGAGCCGAGCAGAAGCUUGUUGAGCUGCUCAGUAAAUUCAACUGUCGCAUCAUUGCUCUGGGCAAUGGCACCGCCUGUCGCGACACUGAGAUGUGGCUGUCAUCGCUCUUCCAGGCGGGCAUCCUCGACGCUCGGAGCAUUCGUUACAGCAUUGUGAAUGAGAAUGGCGCCUCGAUUUACUCCUGCAGCGAUGUUGCCACCAAGGAGUUUCCCAAAAUGGACAGAAACGAGAUUAGUGCAGUGUCUAUUGCACGCCGGCUAAAUGAUCCGUUGAGUGAAUACGUCAAGAUUGAGCCACGUCACUUGGGAGUGGGCAUGUAUCAGCAUGAUGUGAAUGAGAAGACGCUUACGGAAACCCUAAAUGAUGUUGUCUCCGAAUGUGUGAGCUAUGUUGGCGUUGAUUUAAAUACAGCCAGUUUGAGCGUACUUAAACACAUUGCAGGUCUUUCCGAGAAGAAGGCCGAAAAGAUCAUUGAGCAUCGAACACAAAAAGGUCCGUUUCAGUCGCGCAAGGAUCUGUUGUCCGUGCGCAGCAUUGGAGAGAAGACUUAUGUACAGUGUGCAGGCUUCGUUCGCAUCGAACCCCUCAGCAUGGGCGGGAAGGUAAAGAAUCCGCUUGACUGCACUUGGGUGCAUCCAGAAAGCUACAAACUGGCCGAAGCUGUCAUUCAGAAAUGUGACUUGAAACUCUCGGACAUUGGCAAGGCCGUUUUUAUGCAGCGCAUCAAAGAGUUUGGCAUGGCUCAGAAUAAUCUCGAGCAGCUCGCUGAGCAGCACAAGCUGCAUAUGGAACGGGUUAAAUUUGUGCUGGUUGCACUGCAGCGUGAACUAUUACAAGAUUACCGAGCGGACUUGGAUAAACGUCCGCUUUUCAAGCAAGGACUGACGAGGCUGGACGAACUGAGUAUUGGCGAUGUCGUCACCGGUGCGGUCACUAAUGUUACCCAUUUUGGUGCCUUUGUGGACAUCGGCGUGGAACGAGAUGGUCUCAUACAUAAAAGCCAUAUGAACAAUUGUGAGCUGAGCAUUGGAGAUCGUAUUAUCGCCUCUGUGCUCAAGGUUGAUAUGCAGCGAAGACAGUUGGGACUCCGCUUGGAGAACAUGUUGGAGGAAACAGACACAUCCUUUACUUUAAAGACGGAGUAAAACACACAAAACACACAUUUGUAAAGUUUUUUUUGGAAGUUUUUAAUUUUUGUCAUGAUUUUUCAUUGUUCAUUAAUUGUUUGCUGAUCACUUAGCCACAUAUUAUUAAUUGUAUGUAUGUAUAUGCAUAUAUAAUAUAUAAAAUGCACUGAAAGCUUAUCAAUUUAAUGUUAAAUUGUCUCAUAUCAAGCGUGUCCCCCUCAUUAAUUAGUGAUGCAAUCAAAUAUAUCAAUAGUUUUGGGCUAUUUCUCUUAUAAGCAA